CAAAAACUUAGUUAUAAUAAUUAAUGUUCAAGAUGUUAUUAAUGACCUUAAGUGGUCUAGUGGUUAGUAACUGUUUAUGUUGCUUUUAUGUACUGAGUUUGAAUCCCACCUUUUGGCUUUUGACAUGUUAUUUGUUAAUUAAUUUGAAUUGAAAGAAUUCAAAAAUUAAAGCAAAAGGACGCAUUAGCUUGGAUUCGAACACGCGACCUCUAGGCGUGUUGCAAGAGGCCAGUUGCCAAACGAACCAACAUAAUGACUUUGAUUAUAUUUCGAACAUUAAAUAUAUAAAGGUAUCUGGAAGUUGUAUCUCUAAGAGAUAUUUCUCUUUAUUAUGGGUCCAUUAUUAUUAUUUGCACAGGGCCUCCAAAAUGUCGGAACCGGCCCUGUCUAUUAGACACACCAUCAACUAUUUCUCUCCUCACACACAUUUCACAUAGAGUAAUGAUAUAUACACACCUCCUUAUUUAUACACUUCAUUUCCACCUAUUUUUAUUUCUAUCUCUCUCCUCUUAUCAUCUAUCACAUCUUAUACUUUCUCUCUCUUACUUUUUCUUUUCUUCCUAUCUCUCUCCUCCUUCACCUCUUUCCACCUCUAUUUAGAGGUGUAGACAAAUAAUUAUUGAAACAUAAUGGCUUCUUUGACCACUUUCACCAUUGUUCCUCUCUCUCAAAUUGUUCUCUUGCUGCUGUUUUCUUACCCACCCAACACACUUCCUCAGGAUCCAAUCUCCUCAAGCCCCACCAUGGCCCAAUGCACAUCAAGCCUCCUACCUCUCAUUCCUUGUGCACAAUUUGUGCAGGGCACUGCUCCCUCUCCAGGGCCUCAAUGUUGUGCCAACCUCAAGCAACUCUACAUCCAAGAGCCACUUUGCCUUUGCCUCUUUCUCAAUGAUACCACCUUCACCUCUUUCCCCAUCAACAAGACACUUGCUCUGCAACUUCCAUCUCUUUGCGCGCUUCGAGUUUUUAUCUCUGCAUGUCCAGGGGAACAAGUGCAGGUGGCUCCAACUUCACCACAUUCACAGUUUUCCUUUGGGACGAGGACCGACCCUACUAUUGCUGCUUCUCCAGCAUUUUCAGUGCCUCCAAGACCUAGAAUGAUGGGAUUUGGGUUUGGAACAAGCAAUGCCAUUAACUUGAAGGCAAACAAUGAAUUAAUUGUGUCUAUCGCAUUGUUGUUCACAUUUGUGCUUUACUAGUUUCACUUGAAAUCAUAGGUUUAGUCUGUAUAGAAAUUGUAUUAGACUAUUAGUAGUAAGACUGGGUUAAUAGAAAUUUUAAUAGUAGAUUGUGUAUUUCUCUUGAGUUUGUAAGUUGUGUUGUGCAACAAAUAAAAAGUUUUCUUAAUAAAUGUUUGCUAUUAUAAAGCUUUGUUUUAUUGACACUGCCGAUGGCCUUCACAUUUUCUUGUUUCAAACAUUUAGGACUAAA